GGUUAUCUUGCGUCAGUGCAAAGGGGUCAGUCGCAGGAUUAGCAUCUUGCUGAAGUUACACCUAUUACUCUUUUUAUCAUCUCAUCCUUUUUUUUUAAAUAUUUUUAUCAGUCUCUAAAGCGUUUCACCUGUAAUGACUAGUUUGAGCUGGAAUAUGGCGAGGCAUCCCUCCGCUGCUUGGCACCUGAACCCUGUUCAGACCCUAAACCGCUGAAUGAAGCUUGUGAGUGGAGGAGGAGCCGCCUGCACGGUGAAGGGCAGCCGGGACGAAGAUCUUGCCUGCUUUGGCAGACUCUUGGCAAGUCAUCCUGAUGCCACUGGUAAAUAACAAAGUAGGCGAUGACUGCACGCUUGGUACCAACAAAGCGUUGGCUGACGGCAAGGCGCUUGUGGAUUCCUUGAUGAAGGUGGUGGCAUGCUAUCGACACCUGGCUUCAUGUGUGGGGGGGUGCACAGACACCUUGCAGCUACGUGAUGAGUUGAGGCAAACCAGGGAGCGGGCCCGAAAGCUGGCCGGGACCAUCUGUCAACAUCUCACCUCGCAUCUGCGUGACAAGAAUCUCCCCGCAGAGCAGCGCAAGGAGCUGGAGCUCCUGUGGGUGGCUUUCUCCUCCAGCCUGGAGCUGCUGCACGUUGACAUGUGCAAGGUUUACAAGAUGUGGGGCAUCUUCUCUCUGGCGAACACUGCUACUUUGGUGCAAACUGGCCUCCAAGGAGGGGGCAGUGAAGUGGCCGCUCGGGCCCUCAGUCUGCCAGAUCUGAACCAGGUUCUGAACUCCAAUAUCCCCAACUGCGUGGAGAACCAGGAACACGGGUCCUUGGAGCAGGAGAUCAACCAAAUGGACCACAUGAUCUACGACAUGGAGUCAAAGGUCAACGUGUUACGUUGGAUGGUGGAGCCCCACGGGGCGGAGUACGCAGACCCCCUCAGCAGCACUGACAGCGCAUCCUUGGCCCUGCUCUCUGUGGACGAGGAGCGGUCCGGCGGACCUCUUCCUGCAGGCCAGCGUGCUCGCUUGGUGGUGCUCUUAUUGCUCUGUGCUGCCAUUUUGGUGGUGACCGUUUUAUCUGUCUGCAUCUUCUUAUUCUCAUAAUUAACACUUUUUUUGCAAUAAACCUCAAAACAAGGUCAAUGUUGCAGCUAGCUUUGUUUCUAUAUCUACUUGCACUACUACUUUGUCAUUCAAAAAUUCAAAGGUGCCAUAAAUAUUCUCAAACAAUAUAAGCAAUAUGUAGCAGCGCCACCUGAGUUCAUACAAUAUAGAUUUAUAUACUUUUAUCAAUAUGGUAACAAUGUAAACACAUUAGGGAUGCAGCAUGUUUACUAUUUGAUCAGGUAUUAUUAGGCACUAUAGUAUUUUCCUGUUUCUUUUAUGUCCUAAAUCAGGGGUGGCCAAACCUUUUCACCAAGAGCUGCAGCCAUUUUGGUAUUUUUUAUUUAGUAAACCAACCCAUAAGUAUAAUUAUAUAUAUUUAUGUAAAGAAAAAAAAGAGCCUGCAUGCCAGCUAUGUAUUUUUAUUUGUUUUUCACAUUACGCCUUGUUGCUCUUUUUUCCAGCUUUUGCUGCUAUUUUUCUUGCUAAAU